AUGGCGCUGCAGAGGCCGGGGGCCGUGGAAGAAGAGGAGGGCGAGGAGGGCGGCGGGGGGCCGGGCGGGCCGCGGGGCUUCACGCCGCCCGAGGGGGGCUUCGGCUGGGUGGUGGUGCUGGCGGCCACCUGGUGCAACGGCUCCAUCUUCGGCAUCCACAACUCCUUCGGGAUGCUCUACGUCCUGCUGCACGAGGAGGUGGCCGGCGGCGCCCCCGACCCCGCGCUGGAGUUCAAGACAGCGUGGGUUGGAUCCCUGGGCAUGGGGAUGAUCUUCUUCUGCUCUCCCAUCGUGAGCAUCUUCACAGACCGGAUUGGCUGCAGGACAACAGCUGCCUCUGGAGCAGCAAUUGCAUUCAUCGGACUCUUCUCCAGCUCUUUCACAAAGUCCCUUGAAGUCCGUUAUUUCACCUACGGGGUCCUCUUUGGAUGCGGCAGCUCCUUUGCCUUCCAGCCCUCUUUGGUCAUCCUAGGCCACUACUUCAAACGGCGGCUGGGUCUGGCAAACGGCCUGGUGACCGCCGGCAGCUGCCUCUUCUCCAUGGGCCUCCCUUUCCUCUUGAAGAUUAUUGGCCGAUCCAUUGGGCUGGCACACACCUUCCAAGUCCUCAGCGCCUUCAUGCUUGUCCAGAUCUUCUUGUCUUUGACUUUCCGCCCCAUGUUCCCUUCGACCUCUGACCCUCACGAUGUGGAGCACGUCAAACUGGACAGUCGGAGCUGGAGGCAGCAGUGCACGUCCCAGAUGAGGAAGUACUUCAGCAUGAAGGUCUUCAGGAAGGAGUCCUAUCGGAUCUGGGCUUUUGGGAUUGCGACCGCAGUUCUGGGGUACUUCGUACCUUACAUGCAUCUGGUGAAAUAUGUGGAAGAGGAAUUCAAAGAAAGAGAUAAAGGGUGGAUUGUGCUGGUCUGCAUGGGAGCCACGUCAGGAGUUGGACGCUUGACUUCUGGACCAAUUGGCGACCUUAUCCAUGGACUGAACAAGAUUUACUUACAGGUGGCCUCCUUCAUUCUCUUGGGCGUGAUGUGCAUGAUGAUCCCACAGUGCCAAGAGUUCUGGGGCGUCAUCGUCGUCUGCCUCUUCCUUGGACUUUGCGAUGGACUCUUCAUCACCAUCAUGGCUCCCAUCGCCUUUGAGCUGGUUGGACCCAUGCAGGCUUCUCAGGCCAUCGGGUAUCUUCUGGGACUUAUGGCCAUCCCCAUGACAGCAGGUCCCCCAAUUGCAGGGUUCCUCCAUGACUGUUUUGGGAAUUACCACCUUGCCUUUUAUUUUGCUGGCGUUCCCCCACUAGUUGGAGGUCUGGUUCUCGCUGUUGUUCCGGUGAUCCAUCGAAAAAAGCUCAAGCAGCAGCAGCUGGAGUCCGGGAAAGACAAGAUGUUGGUUUUAGAGACUGUGAUGAAUGGAGAGCUCCUUCCAGGUUCCCCAGCCCUGGAGGCGCACAUCUGAAGCCAUCCGUAAGAUCUCCCCCCUGCACACCCCCUCUUGCCACCAGCAUUUCUGACACUGUCUGAGCUGAGCCCUUUCUGACAAGGAAUCCAGCCUGUCUGCUUGUAGGUGGAGAGGACCCCACUGACGAGCCUAAUGGGACAGUUUGCUUUCGAGUUGAUUUUAAUACCAACACCUCUUUUCAGCAGAGAGAAUUCUACCAGCACUCUAAUUCAUUGUUAGGCGAUUGUUUUUCCGGCUGGCGUAGUAGCUGGUUUAACCCUUAGGCAGUAGGCAUUUAACAAGCUUUUGAUAGGUUUCAUGGAUUUAUUCCCCCACCCCCCCAAAACAGAGUCCAUCAUUUUGAGCUCCUUUGGGACUUAUUUUUAUAGCAGCCAAAGUCUCUGAGACUAUUUUAACCACUCAUGGAGGCAAAGAAAAGAAACAUUGCAACAUGGGUGAAUCCUGAAUCUUUUUGAGAAGUGUAUUUUCUUCUCUUCUCCCUCCCCGCUUUGGCAGAAUCUGCCUAUGAAUUUCUCGUUGAUCACAACAUUUUCAUACCAGGCUCCCCUGAGUUUUGUAUGUGCACAACCAUCUCCUCAUGUGUAACAGGCCUUGUUAGUAGAUAUUCUUCUCAGUUCUUGGGAUGUUUUCAGACUGAUCCCCACCUGCUGCCAGAGAGGAUUGUAUCACAAAGAAUGCCACUGGAGAGGAAGGUGCAACUCAUUAAAUAGUACAUACAAUUUUUUAAAAAAA